AUGGAUCAGAGAUAUAUUUCAGGCUCUCUCCCCUGUGGUCUGAAGAACCAGCACCCACAGGAAAAGAUCCAGGUUCUGGACAGAGUGGAUCUAUCUGAGGUUCUGGAUGAAGGUCUCACAACAGCUGAUCUGGAGCAUGAAGUGGCCAAGCUGACCCAAACUAUCACUGAACAUGGGGAAAAAAGUGCCUUUAAACUGUGCCGACGUGGAGCGCUUUAUAUUAAACUUGGUUAUCUCAACCAGGCCCUUGAAGAUCUGAAUGCUGCCAUCUCCCUGGAGCCCCAUUUACUGGAUGCCUACUGGCACAGACACAGCAUCUACCUGCUGAGAGACGACCCCGAUAAGGCUCUGGAUGAUCUCAACAUCAUUAUUAAGAACAACAAGAAGUGUGCAGAUGCAUUUAUGUCUAGAGCAGAAAUCUACAAACAAAGAGGGGAAACCACAUUGGCCGUAAUCAACUAUACCCAAGCUAUCGAAGUCAAGCCAGAUGAAGCAGAGAUCUACUUUAAGAGGGCACAGAUGUAUGAGAAGAGGGGCGAGAUACUGCUGGCCAUGGAAGACUACGCCAAAACAUUCACCAUUGACUCUACAAGGACUGAUGCAAUGCUAAUCCAUGGAAAACACCAUUUCGACAGCUCCAAAUGGAUGGUGGCCCUGGAAGACUUCUCCUUACUGCUGAAGCAACAACCUGGGAAUGCCAGUGCCAGGACAUACAGAGGAAGGAUCUGUUCUAAGCUGGGUCAGUUUGAGAAGGCUAUCGAGGACUUUUCUUUGGCUGUGCACUUGGAUCCCAGUGACUGGUUGGCAUUUUACCACAGAGGCUGUUUGCUGAGGAAGAUAAUGCCUGAUAUGGCCUUAAAAGACCUCAGCACAUCUGUUCUCCUCAAUGACAGUGUUGAAAAUCUGAGUGCUUUCCUGCACCGUGGUAUGAUCUACACUGAACUCCGGCGCUGGCGACAGGCUAUGGCUGACUUUGAAGCUGUGAUCAAACUUGACAGAUCUGCGGCUGUUGCGCAUGUCAGUUUGGGGCUGAUCAAUAUGCUGAAAAUGGACCGAAAUUAUGAAGCCAUCAAACGGUUCAGUAAUGCAUUGAAAGCAGACCCAAGCUACGUAAGAGCCUACGUAUGCAGGGCCAAAGCUUACUAUAAUGUAAAUAAUCUGAGUAAAGCGGUGAAGGAUUUAUCUCGAGCCAUACAUAUGAAGCCAGAUGCAUAUGAUUUGCACAUCAUGAGAGGGCAGUACUUGUACAAAUUGGAACAAUUUGACUUGGCCACCCACUGUAUACGGUAUGCAGCUGAAAUGAAAAAAGCUCUGGGUUUAUCAUUAGUCCAGCAGGCAGUCAUCCACUCGUUCCUUGGGAAUGAUGCCUGUGCCAGCGCCUGCUUGGAGGAAGCAGCCGAUGCUUGCCCUUCUGUUCCACCCCUCAUUCUUUUGGGAAAGGCACGGAUGAAGGCACACCGGUACACAGAAGCGGUGGAGAGUUUCAGAAAGGCCUUGUCAGUGCUUGGUUCCAUUAAAACGAAACUCUGUAUUGUGCAAGAAGCUGCGGAGGCCUUCUUUCUUAUCGGUGUUUGCUACAUGGCACAGGUGCCUUUGUUACAGGAGAGCAAAGCUUCUCUCCUCCUCCAGGCUUUAGAUGCUUUUAACAGUGCUGUGAGCAUCAACCCAGACUAUGCUGAAGCUUACCAUCAGAGAGGACUUUGUCGCAUGCACCUACAAGACUCUAAGAGUGUGCAAGACUUUAACAAAGCACUCCACAUAAACCCAAACCUCUAUCAGGUGCAUCUAAGCCGAGCUGUCCUUUAUGGAGCCGAAGGACGAUAUGCAAAGGCAGUACUUGAUUGUAAUGAAGCUACCAGGAUCCAGCCCAAGAGUGUCAGAGCCUACUUGUAUAAAGGAGCUCUUAAAUUCUAUUUGAAAGCAUACAAGAGUGCAGUGGAGGAUUUGACCAUGGCAAUCAAAAUCGACAGUGUCUGUUCAUUUGCAUACUACAACCGCGGUGUGUGUUUCCAACAACUGCAGGAUUAUGAGCUGGCACUCCGAGACUACAGCAUUGCGCUGCACUUGGGCAGUCAGGCGGAGGUGGAUCUGAAAGUGUUGAUAAACCGUGGUCUUCUGUAUGUGGAGCUUAAUGACUAUAGCAAUGCCCUCCAGGAUUUUAAAGCUGCAGCACAGAAACGUCAGGAGAAUGCUGAAAUUCAACAUGCACUAGGAGUAAUACACCACAGGCUAGGCCAGUUAGAGGAAGCCGUGGACUCUUACAGUGAAGCUAUGAGACUCAAUCCCUUCUUUCAGGACUCAUAUGUGGGCAGAGGUAAUGUCUUCAUGGAUUACGGGCAUGAUCAGGCAAAGAAGCAGGCACAGAAGGACUUCCUCUCGGCCCUGCACCUCAAUCCACUCUGUUCGAGUGCUCGCAUUGGCCUGGCACACUACUUACAGGUUUGCGGAUUCUUCCAGAGAGCUUGGAAUCAGUUCACUGUGGCUGUGGAGGUGAAUCCUAAAUGCUGGGCUGCUUAUGAAGGCAGAGCUGUCAUCAAUUUACAGAUGGGAAACACAUUUGCAGCCUUGCAGGACAUAAACAUUGCUAUAAAGUGUAACGCUCUCUCAGAGCAACUCUUCACAAAUCGAGGUCUGAUACAGCAGUUCAUGGGGGAUAGAUGCAGUGGCAUGAAGGACUAUCAGAAAGCUAUCAGCCUCAACCCCAAAUAUGCUCUGGCUUACUUCAAUGCUGCCAACCUCUUCUUUUACAAUGGACAGUUUGAGCAGGCCUGUGAGUACUACAGCAGAGCCUUUGAGCUGGAGCCCUCAGAUGAGUCUGUGAUCUUGAACCGAGCCAUCACUCACACUCUACUGCGGAAGCUUCCAGAAGCCCUGCAGGAUUUCAAUGAGGCUCUCUGCCUCAACCCUCACUCAGCACAUGCCUACUUUAAUAGAGCCAACCUGUUCUGCACUCUCAGAGAGUACCAAUCAGCCGAGAGGGACUUUACUGAAGCCCUGAGGCUGCAGCCUGGAGAUGCUCUGCUCUUUAAACUCAGGGCUGAUGUUCGGGGUCAUCUAGGAUGGACAGAACAUGCGUUGAAGGACUACAGGACUGCAGUUGAGCUUCAAGACACUGCAGGAAUCUAGACAUGUAGAGUAGUUGAAAUAAGAGCUGUUUUUGAUCAAAAAUGUGUAACUUAUUAAAGCAAUUACUGCUAGAACAACAGAAAAUACAACAAUAAAAACUCACUGUAAUUCUA